AUGGUGAAAUUGAGUGUCAUCGCCUCUUCCGACCAACCGGACCUUUCAGCGAUCGUCAGCCAGCAACAACGAAAAAUCGCAACCAUGCAGAUUUUCGUCAAGACCCUCACGGGUAAGACCAUUACCCUCGACGUUGAGUCGAGCGACACCAUCGACAACGUCAAGGCCAAGAUCCAGGACAAGGAGGGUAUCCCCCCCGACCAGCAGCGUCUGAUCUUCGCCGGUAAGCAGCUUGAGGAUGGCCGCACCCUGAGCGACUACAACAUCCAGAAGGAGUCCACUCUCCACCUCGUCCUCCGUCUCCGUGGUGGUAUCAUCGAGCCUUCCCUUAAGGCCCUCGCUUCCAAGUACAACUGCGAGAAGAACAUCUGCCGCAAGUGCUACGCCCGUCUUCCCCCUCGUGCCACCAACUGCCGUAAGAAGAAGUGCGGUCACACCAACCAGCUCCGCCCUAAGAAGAAGCUCAAAUAA